GGCCGCCGGUUGGCGGCGCGUCAGUUCGCCCAAGAUGGCCACGUUGGAUCAAUGAAACGCGAGUAAUCGUAGUGAAAACACAAAUUGACAAGUGUGCGGGCGAACAUCGCGGCUUGAUCGCGGUGUAAAUGGACCAUGGGCAAGGACCAGGAGCUGCUCGAGGCAGCGAGGAGCGGCAACGUCACCGUGGUCGAGAAGAUCCUCGGCCAGCGAGCCAAGAGGAGUGGUCCACUGGCAAGUUUACGUCGUGGACCAGGUGCUAAUGUGCAAGAUGCCAGUGGAUAUUCAGCUCUUCACCAUGCAGCCCUGAACGGGCAUAGAGACGUGGUCAGAUUGCUGCUCCAAUAUGAGGCUUCCACCAAUGUUGUCGACGCUAAAGGUUCCUCGCCGCUUCAUUUGGCAGCUUGGGCUGGGGACGCGGAAAUUGUACGAUUAAUUCUCAACCAAGGUCCAUCGGUACCGAAAGUGAAUCUUGCGACAAAGGAUAACGAAACUGCAUUGCAUUGUGCCGCGCAGUACGGGCACACGGAAGUGGUGGCACAGCUGUUGCAAUACGGAUGCGACCCUAGUAUCCGCAACAGCCGCGGAGAAUCCGCGCUCGACCUCGCCGCGCAAUAUGGCAGAUUGGAAACUGUGGAAUUACUCGUGCGAACGCAUCCUGAAUUAAUCGAAUCACUUCGUAAUUCUUCCUCGUCUCUGAUCUUCCCGCAUACACCAUUGCAUUUAGCUUCGCGCAAUGGUCACAGAGCGGUCGUGGAGGUGCUCCUUGCUGCUGGAGUUGACGUCAAUACGAGAACGUCAGCGGGCACCGCGAUGCACGAGGCAGCGCUCUGCGGCAAGAUGGAAGUGGUGCGGGCGCUUUUAGAUCGCGGAGUGGAUUUGGGCAUUAGGGAUUCUCGGCAAAACACGGUGCUUGAUCUUCUGGGACAGUUUCCGCCGCACGUCACUCAAGAUAUCACAGCGGUGAUAAAAAGGCAUCGGUCUUCCUCCGGUGUGGAAAGUGACGCCGAUAGCGAGAACUUGCCACCAAUUCCGGUGCAGGGUGGCGACUCGUUGGGCAGCCCCUAUGAAAAUGUUCGUCCGGAGGAUGAUCUCUCCCCCGCGGAAGGGACGUCGCCUACUCAAUGGCAGUUCUAUCAUAAACCUCGGGACGACGAUCGUCGUGUUUCUGGCACUUCCGUCAUGUCCACUUCCGUCAUGUCCUUUGAAGACGAGCAGAAUUGGGAACUGAUGUACGGAGUACGGAGGGCCCUCCAGCAGACAGAGGACUCCGACCCCAGUUCCGUCUUCGACAGCGUCUUUAUGUCCCUAUCCGACACUCUCAACUCAAUAAAUACUCUCGAAAGUUCCGACCAAACUCCUGAAGAUAUACCACAAAACACUACCAAAAGAACACCAUUACCAUUCGACACUACACGGGGUUCCGACAGCGGACUGUACCAAACUCCACCCGUGCCACGCGGCACAAUGGAGGGUAGCUUCGUGUCGGAGGACCUGUCCUUGACAUUGCCCACGGGAUACGGGGGCGGCAGAGAGUCCGACCAAUUGAGCGUAUCGUCAUCCUCGAGCGUCGGCGGACCGAGCCCACGGGACCGUCGUUGUUUGCCCAACGAUUCCAGCGCUGCCGGGAUUUACUUGCCAAUGGCACCCCUGUCCAGCUCGCUACACAGCCCCGCUUCCAACAAUAAAGUCUCGCCGACACCGCCCAAGAAGCCGCCUAGACGAAAUCUCUCGGUAUCCCCGACGCACCUGCAAACGCAGAUGUCUUUGUCAGCGGAUAGUUCGGUAGGUCCGAGCAAUUACGAGUAUUUGUUCUUGGCACGUAGCGGUGCGCGAAGUCACAUCGAUCUUGAGCAACUGCAGAAACGGCGCGAACAACUGCGACACGUGACGCGAAGCGUGGAUCAGUACGUGGAGAUGAAGUCACGGCUCGACGAGAAACGCGAUCCCAAUGUGGAGCCGGUAGCCAUAACGUCCAUCUACGAGAAUCGGCCGGUCAAGAUGCUGAAUCCGCGAAGAAAAUUACGCAGACACGCGUAUGAAAACUACGAGCCGGAAAACAGCUCGUGCGCCGACAAAUCACCCUGCAGCGACGGCGACGCGGUGCUUCACGAGCAAACAUUCAUAUCGAGCGCGUUUCUUACCCUGAAGUCUUCCCAGGAGAGUCUCCUCGAUGAGAGGCGCGAGAUGGCGGACGGACAGUCCGCGUCCGAGGGCCGCGAAGCCACCGAUAAACGUCUCAAACGCGUGCAAAUGUUGCUGCCAACCAGUCCUACGCAUUACAUUCAGCCGCCUACCCCCGAUCAUCCGCCGCCGUCCGCUAUGCAAGCGGAAAAGUCCAUCCACGAGCGCAUUCGACCGCUGAGCCAGGUAUACAAGCGAAGGUCCCGCGACAUGGAAACGGAAACGGACGAAGAUCUGCUGCAAUUUCCCACCGGUGGAUCACUCAAUGCGUCGAGCGGUUCGUUGUCCAGCGUAUCGCUGUCCGACAAGAGCAUGUCCACGGACAAUGUUGAGGAGUACUUCGGCGACGUGCCGUUUGCAGGUUUGUUAAAGGGCUCCGUCACGGCUGAACGGCCGCGUACUUUGCGCCGCUUGCGGAACGUCUACGGUCAGACCGCAUGCGGGAUGGGUACCGGCGGUGACGGCGGGGGUGGCGAUCGUCUCGAGGACGGCGAGGUCGCCUUUCGGCUUACCGGCGAUCGGGAUCGCGACAGGGACGAGAAGUCCCUCAGCAUAAUGAGUCCCUUCGACGAGCAGGAGGAAUGGGCGAAGAUCUCGGAGAUCAUGGCGUCAUUCGGAACUGGUCUUGUACGAGAGUCGGUGUUCGUCAGUGAGCUCGAGAAAGAAUUCCAAACGAGGCUAGGUUUAAGUUCAGACAGUAGCAGCCCUGUCGUUUCCACAACUGUGGGCCAAUGGCUGUCCAGCUUAGGCUUGUCGGAUUACGAGUCUCUUUUUAUUAACUACGGCUUCGACGAUCUCGAGUUUAUAAACGGGGUAUUGGACGAGUCGGAUUUGUGCGACAUGGAGAUCAGCAGCGAUCAAGAACGGGCUGUGAUCAUGGACGCGGUCGGUUUGCUGAACAAACGAGUGGAAAAGCGUAGCGGCGGUCACGGACAAUCGGUGGAGGAGUGGCUGAAGAGCAUUCACAUGGAAAAUUAUGCGGAGACAUUCAGGAAGCACCUGUACACCGACAUGGAUCGGGUCAAACGGAUCUGGGAGGUCGAGCUGGCGGCAGUCCUCGAGAUCCAGAAGCCGGCGCAUCGCAAACGCAUCCUUGCGUCCGUCAUCCUUGCGUCCGUGAGUGGCCCGAACAAUGCACGCGCGCAAACUCGAAAUGGCACGGGAGCGAACUUGGAAGAUCUGAAUAAGGACCUUAACACACUGAAGACGAACAUACAGCAGCUGAAGGAUGAGAUACGGGAGAAAUUGCCGGAAGCAACGACGGAGGGUAACGGAGGCACGUCGAUAACCAGUAGCACGAAUUCGGCGGCCACGGGCACAUUAAGGCAUCGCAAAAACAGGCCGGCGCCUCAGCCACCCCAGCGACCCAGUUCGCAUAAUGGAGCGAUUUCGGCGCCGGAACAGCUCGAGAUCAGGGCUCCGUCCGAGCUGCUCUUCGGAGUGCCCUCCACCCUCAAGACGCAAUGGAGACACCAACCGAAGACCCUGGUUACCGGCUGCGUUACGUACAUCGCUAACUAUCUGGGCUCCACCGUCGUCAAGGAAUUACGCGGCACGGAGUCGACGAAAAAGUCGAUACAGAAGCUGAAGAAGACCUUUCGAGAACCUAGAAUCACCCCUGACAUUAUGCUGGCGAUCUCUUAUCGUGGCGUUCGUUUUCUCAACACGUUAACCAAUGAACCAAUUUGCGAGCACGAGAUCCGUAAUAUUCAUUGCGCCUGCCAAGAUGCCGACGAUCUCACUCACUUUGCGUACAUCACGAAGGACCACGCCAGUCGCACGCACUUCUGUCACGUAUUUUGCGUGCCAACGAUGGAUCAAGCGACAGAGGUGAUUCUGACUCUGGGUCAGGCUUUCGAGGUAGCUUAUCAAAUGGCAUUGAGGGACAAGCUCGGUGGGCACGCUAUUCGGUCUCAAUCCGCCAAUCAACUAGCAACGCUCGCUGGAUCGUCAAAGUCAACGACACCCGCCAAAAUGUCCGUGUCUCCCGAUUCCACGUCCGACCCCGCUAAUCGAGACAUGGAUCAUACCAUGACUCUCAAUUCCACGUCGUGCGCGAAUCCCAAGAUGAAAUCGAGAUCCAAGUCCGUGCCCAAUCCAAAUCUCCAUACCGUUAAUCCAAAUCCGACGCAGGACAGCAACUCCAACUCCAGUUCCAGCUCAACGACGACCACCGCGAACUGCAAUCCCAGCUCGAAUUCCGCCGAGCCCCAGCGCGAACUCGAUUCGAGCCCCAGCGCGAACUCGAUCGCCAGCUCUAACUUGAACAGCACCACUAAUCAGACCACUAAGCCUCUGGUCACCCACGGCCGUUCUCAUUCCGUCAACGACAUCAAGGUAAACGGUAAUCAAUUGAAGUUAGCACCAGCACCGGUGGACGAUAUCGGUAUUGGGGUAAAGGACAUGAAGCCUGGUUCCAGAGCUCCGAUCGCGCUCUCCGAGGAGCUGUAAAUUGUAUUUCGAGUCGAAACACACGAUAUCGCGUUCGACCUGACGGAUACGGCGUCGCCUUUGCCAAUCGACGACACGAAUGGUCGACGGAGGUCUAGCAUCAUAGAACUGACUGUCGUAAUGAUUUUCCACUCAUUCAAUUUAGAAACAUAUUUAAUGGCAUUUACAAUGAACGUGGGAUGGCAAUAUUUCCUUAUUACUCGAGACGUUUGCGUAAAAAAGUUAAGCCAAGCAUCAUACAUAUAUAGACACGCGUCUCUCGCGAUUUCGAGAUUAAUACCGAUUGCAAAAAUACGGACGAUAUUCUCUCGAUCGAUUAGCGGUAUUAAUCGGGAUUACUAUAACUAGUAUAAUGUAACUAGUUCCUUGACGCGUAAGAAGGAACGAAUGUCUUUUAUUAUCUCUUUUAUGCGACUGGAUUUGAUCAUUUCGCCAAUGGCGUACGUAUUUUUGAUGGAGGGGCGCACUCGUAUAUAUACACAUUCACCGCCGGAAGGCAGGAGCUUUUAUGGGAUUCAGCUGUGGAAUAAAAUAUGGGAAUAACGAAUGAUAUAUACAUGGCCUCUCGAGAACGAUGAAGGUAAGUAACAUCGUCGUUCCUCGCGACGAUAUCUUGCCCCUGCUUUGGAUUGACACUCGACUGAUUUUACAAUGAUGACGCUGUGAUCUUGAUCUUGAAUGCCAUGCAAGUGACGCGUUGCGAGCCAAGAGAUGAUUCAUCGAGACAAGUAAGCGAUCGUUCCCUGCGCGCACUUCCGGCGGACAAUUAAACGCAUUAGAUCUUUCUUCCUUAGGACGCGUCGUUAAAAUAAGCAGUAUUAUUAUGUCAUUAACGAUAACAGGAGUGGGCAUAAAAUACGCUCAUCGAUAUUAUUUAGCGAGGCGUAAAAUCGCUACAAUAAUGUUGGAUAUGCAAUUCUCAAUGUGCAGCUUUAAUCUGUCGCGGAUAGGCUCGGCGGUUUCGAUCUGUGCCCGACAUAAAUGUUGGGCGUCUUUAUUUGUCUUGAAAAAAAAAAAAAAAAAAAAAUGCUAUUUGUGGCACAGAACGCGUUGACAUUCGCCAUCGGAUCACGGGAAAGGAAAGGACGCGAAGGAAAAGGUGCGAUGCACCAAUGCUCAAUAUCGAUCCCUCGUAAACGUUAAACGGUGACCAACGAAUCCGUUCCGUGUUCUGCCCCUUCUUCCGUGCUCCCCCUUCGUGAUUUCUCAUUCCCCGUUCCCAAGUUCCGAUUUCGAGUUGCCACCGUUUCCUCGACGUUUUAUUCUCCAAGACUGAGAGUCCUUGUCUCGUUUUAUAUUUCGCGAUUUUAGUAUAAUAUAUAAUAUAAAAAGAAAGAAAAAAAGUAGAUCAAAAGAGAAACGAAUUUUAAUAUAUUUAUCCGGUGAGAAUCUUGCGAACAGAAAAUAUAUGAAAACGUAGCAUCGAAUAUCUAUCGAAUUUUGUCUGAUACUCGAAUGCUACCCGUUGAGAAGCAAGAAGAACAUGCGACGCUUUAAAGAAAAAAAAAAAAAAAAGAAAAAAAGAAAAAAAACGUAUCACGAUUGAUCACAAUUCAUCCAUUAUACAU